AUGAAAUCAACCGCUUUAGGAAUUGCUGCUGUCUUCUCAAUAUUGAUUAUAGCAUCUGUUGUGACAGUCUUGGUAGUUAAUUUUUACCCCCAUCAAAGCAGCAGUGAUGGUUACUUAAUUGGCGUUGGUCGGGCAGACUGUACUGGUCCUGUAGCUGAAGUACCUUUUAUGGGCUAUGCCAAUCCAGAUCAGAUUGGCACUGGUAUCAUCUCACGACAGUACGCCAGAGCAUUCAUUUUUGCAGAGCCCAACAAUUCAACCAACCGAGUGGUGUUUGUGACUGCCGAGUUAGGAAUGAUGUCUCAGAGAGUUAGGUUAGAGGUAAUACAACAACUGAAGCACAAAUAUGGAGAUCUUUACAGGGAAGACAAUGUUAUCCUGAGUGCAACUCAUACCCAUUCAGGGCCUGGUGGCUACUUUCAGUACACCAUUUUUAUCAUAACAUGCAGGGGAUUCAUAAAGCCAUCUUUUACCACUGUUGUCAAUGGAAUCAUGACGAGUAUUGACAUUGCUCAUCAAAAUAUGAUCAAAGGGCGAAUUUUUAUCAACAAAGGUUCGGUAGAAAACAGUCAGAUUAACCGAAGUCCCUUUUCUUAUCUUCAGAAUCCAGACUCAGAAAGGAGCAGGUAUUCUUCAAAUGUAGACAAAGAAAUGGUAUUGCUGAAGAUGGUUGCUGAUAAUGGUCAAGACAUUGGGAUGUUAAGCUGGUUUGCUGUUCACCCAGUCAGUAUGAACAGAACCAACUGCCUUACAAGUAGUGACAAUGUCGGCUAUGCAGCUUAUCUCUUUGAACAAGAGAAGAAUGAAGGCUACCUAACAGGACAGGGACCAUAUGUAGCAGCAUUUGCAUCAUCUAAUCUAGGAGAUGUGUCUCCCAACAUAAAAGGUCCACACUGUGAAAACACAGGGGAGUCAUGUGAAAAUGUCCACAAUUACUGCCCAAUAGGUGGGGCCGAGAUGUGUAUGGCUAGAGGUCCUGGUGAGGAUAUGUUUGAGAGCACCCAAAUAAUUGGAAGGAAUAUCUACUUGAAAGCAAAGGAACUAUACAUGACGGCCUCUGACGAGAUCAAUGGUCCCAUUAGUUCAGCUCACCAGUGGGUCGACAUGAGCAAUGUUACUGUACAGCUCAAUGCUACUCAUACGGUUAAAACAUGCAAAGCAGCCUUGGGGUACAGUUUUGCUGCAGGUACCAUAGAUGGGCCAGGAAUGUUCAAUUUUACCCAAGGGACCAUAGAAGGUAAUUCGUUCUGGGAUGCUGUCCGUGACGCAUUUCUUGUUAAGCCAUCCAAUGAAACAAAAGAAUGCCACAAACCUAAGCCCAUCUUCUUUCCUACAGGAGAGCUUUCAAUCCCCUACCCAUGGCAUCCUAGCAUUGUCGAUGUUCAAAUACUUACGGUUGGGUCUCUGGCGAUACUGGCUAUUCCAGGAGAGUUUACGACAAUGUCUGGACGAAGACUACGUGAAGCCAUUAAAACUGAAUUUGCAACUCAUGGAAAACCAGGAAUGAAUGUUGUAAUUGCAGGACUGUGCAAUGUUUAUACACAUUAUAUAACUACUUUUGAAGAAUAUCAGAUUCAGCGAUAUGAAGGAGCAUCAACCAUUUAUGGACCACAUACUUUGUCUGCGUACAUUCAGUCAUUCCGAGGUCUAGCCAAGGCUAUUGCUACGGGUACUGUUCCACACUUACGAAAAUACCCAGGGCCAUCUAUUUUCAACAUAACAAAUUUGAGCUUUCUGCCUCUUGUGAUCGACGCAAAGCCACUUGGUCGUAAAUAUGGAGAUGUGCUACAAGAUGUACAGCCAAAGUACCAAACGGGAGAGGUGGCUACGGCACAGUUUGUUGGUGCGAAUCCAAGGAAUUCUGUAGCAAAUAUAACAACUUUUAGGUUCCUCACAGUAGAAAAAUACGACAACAGCUCUCAAAGUUGGCACGUGGAAUCUGAUGAUGCCUCGUGGGAUACUAGGUUCAUCUGGAAGAAAGGCAGUUUCGGAACCAGCACAGUUACAAUGGAGUGGCACAUCCCAAACAGCACUGCUCCAGGAACCUACCGAUUGCAAUAUUUUGGUCACAGCAAAGAAUUACUUAGCUCGAUCCAUGCAUUCAGUGGAACAUCUUCACAAUUUGAAGUUUUGAACUGAACAAUGCAGUUGUCAAGUGGUGGGAAAGCAUCCCUUUUAAUCCAUUUUUAUUUUGAAUAAAUGGGAGGCUUUUAUGCAGCAGCUCAUAGGCACACCUGCCUUGCUACCUACCAGUCCAUGACAUUUUCCACUCUCUCUACCUACAGUGGGAUCGAGGGGAAAUCAUUCUCAUUUCAGCAGAUGCAUAGAUUUCAACCAUGCCCCGUUUCCAAUCUGGCAUGUGAACUCAAAGCGCAGUAUUUACUAAAGCAUGUCAUGAAAGAAGCAAGAAUGACUUCCAUUUGAGAAAGCAUAAGAACAAGUCUAAGUUGUUUUUGUUCUUGGUUUUUAAUUAUUCUCACUUACCUGUAGCAUAGUUUCACAUGCAAAGUGGAGUAAUGCAAGUGACAGGGAAAAUCACGCUAAGGCAGAAGUGAUAUUCAUGAAGGACUUUUGCAGGUGUGAAUUGUGCAAUCAAUUACAGUAUGCACUCAAACUACACAAUAAAGAGUGCCUUGACUGCCUGAGCAUAAUCCCCCGCGCAGUUAUGCUAGUUAUUCAACAGGAUUUCAGUCAGUAUAUUUUUUUAAUUACUUGUCUCAGCUUUGAAUUAACAAUAUUUCUUAAUAAACUCAACAUCUGGUUGCUUCAUCAUUAUGUCUGCUUCACAUCCCAAAGAAUGCAGAGAUUAGGAUUAGAAAGUUUUGAGCACGCUGUGAAUCAACAGUACCUGGUUAAUUUAAGGUGUGACUGCACUGACUACAUUAGUAAUUUCUUCCUGCAGUAAAUUGUAAAGUGCUUCAGCUUGCUAGAUAUGAGUGCACCAAGAGAACAGCAAUCGUAUACUCCCCUCUACGCUGACAAUAUAGUAACUACAGAAAAGAUGUUACUACUGGAGAAGACUUGCUGGCUGAAGGGAGGUGAAAGCUAAACACUGACUAUGAAACCUCUUAGGAAAAGCAGAAAGGGUUCAUUUUAAAAUACAAUAUAUGAAAAUACCAGGGACUUACCUUGUCAACACAUCUUACAAAAUACCCAAUGUUUAAUGAUUUCAAGCUCAGCUUACAGCUCAUAUGUUUUGAAGCUUAGUUUGUGGUCACCACAAACUGCUGCGCUCAUGAGGUUACUCAACAAGCAAGCAUGUGAAUGGAAUACAGUGGGGGCUCGACUUACGAACUUA